GGAGGCAGCCUGUUAACCCUGGUAUUGUUUAAUUAAUUGUAUUAGCCAUUAAUUAUAUGGCAAAUAUGGUUAAGAAGUUUUUCGUUUUCGACUAUUACUAAAAUUUCAAAUAACAAAUUACCGAAAAAUUACAUUUCAAUGAUGUUUAAAUAUAAUUCUGAUGCCUUAACAAUUGAUGUCAAAACAUAUUGAUUAUUUGGUGAUAUUUGCAACAGUUAAGCAGUUUUAAACAAUGACUCAUCUGCACUUAAAAUCGCUCGUUGACACUUGGAGGACUUCUAAUAUUGGAUCAUCUGAUGUUAACUAAUUCUUAACACUAUAAGCGUUACUGCAUAAACAAAUGAAGGAAGUGUUGUGCGUUGUUAUGCUUGUAACCUGUCCCAGUAGACUUUGAUUACCUGCCAAGAUAUUCACAUAGAAUUACGAAACCGAAGCUUCACCAUGCACGAUGACGUAGGAAGUUCAAGGCUGCACUAGUGCAUGCUUACUGAAAGCACUUGCUGUUCAUGUAAAUUGAUGCACUCAACCUUACAGUACCCAUGCUGCCAUCGCUGUGAGAAUCGGUUGCAAGGAUUUUUGUUGUGUCCACACAAUUGACGUUGGUUCAGUGAAUAUAUACACUUAUGUAGGUAGGUGUACAAUACACAUAUCUAUACACAUGUGUGGUGUGUCUGCUGUACUUUAUACACAGUGAGACCGGUACAGCUACAAUCUGACCUAGUCAGGACCUGGAGUGCUUUGGGUUUCCAACAUUGUAGACUUAAAAGCUACACUUUAACUAAAUCUCUCUCUGGUGGAAUGUCUAUAUGGUAAAAGGCCGAAAACUGUUUUAUAUAGCUGAAGAGUUCAUGUGAUUCACUGUAUGAUUUUUCAUCCAGUCAUGCUUCCCUCACAUGGCUGCCGCAAACAGCUGAUCUAGAGGAUAUAAAUAACUCCAUAGUGGAACAGCCCCAGCUGAUCUGAAGGUCAGGUGAUCCGUCUGUACCGAUGAUGAGGUAUAUAUAAUGAUGACAAUCACAUAGAAUGGACAUAUUGUAACACCUCACCCUGUUUCUGUGUAAACUAUCUGUAUGAAGGACACUGCUAUUUACAAGACUAUUAUGCAGACUGCGGAACAACAACCUGCAGCUGGGAGGCAAGCGAUGUCAGCUAAGUGUGGAGUGCGAGCACCCACCUGUAAGGUCUGUGGGGAUGAGUCGUCGGGGUACCACUACGGUGUCGACUCCUGCGAGGGAUGUAAGGGUUUUUUCCGUCGCUGUAUUACCCAAGGGAUGACCCAUAAGUGCUCAAACGAAGAGAAGUGCGAAAUCACGCCCUUCACACGAAACAGCUGCCAGUACUGUCGGCUGAAGAAAUGCUUUUCAGUUGGCAUGUCCAGAGAAGCUUCAAGAUUGGGACGGCGGCCAAAACGUUUAAAAGACUCGGGUGGAGAGUCUAAACAUCAAGGGUCAGCGAGUCUGCCAGCCAUAGCACCUUAUCCCCCAACUUCGUCCGAUCUGUACAAACUGAAAAUGGCCGAGCUGCAAAACCUGCUUCAACAGAAUGGUACAUUUAAGUCAGAGUUAAUGCAGGCCUUUUUGUCUGCAGCCCAGGCAAGCUUCCGGGAGCACCAGCGCAAUCCUUCAAGUAAUGACAACGAUGAAACCAAGAACAAGGGUAAACCCCUGACAGAAGGGGAAUCAGGCUACUCAAGUUUCAGUAGUCCUGGUAGCAGCAAGAGCCAUUCCCCUAUUGGUGAGUUCACCAGCUCUGCGGGGGAUAUGUCAUUCAACAACAACCAUGACAUACCCCUUGACGACAAGAGUGACAUUGACCUGGCAACCAUCAAUCUUGUUGAUGAAAAUAUGUUAACAGAACUUGAAAGCCAGCACAAUUUUAAUGCAUUAAGUAUCAAGUCUGAGCCAGGCUCAUCCAAUCAGUCAUGUAGUGGGCCAAACUCAUCCAGUGCUUCAAAUGACGGGGCAAAUUUCAUGCCGAUGGGUUUUUCCACAAAUCAAAACAUGGAUGUUAUGCCUCAAUUUCCCAGUGCUGAUCCUAUGCCCUCACUCUUGCCUGUGGUGAUGAAAGUUAACGACAAUAAUGACCUUGAUAUGGAACGCAUAAUGACCGAUGUUGCUGUGAGACCGUCUGAGUUGAGGAGAGUAUUAAUUCAACAGGUAACAGAAAAUGUUUACGCCGCUCACAUGGAUACAUGUAAGCCCACCAAUGAGGUAGUGAAGGCAGCGAAUGCUCGUCUCGCAGGCUGUACAGCUGUCCUGCCUGACCUCAGCACGCUGUCUCUGGACCCAGAUAUGAUGUGGAAACAGUUCCUACAAAACAUGGUACCGGAGAUCACACAGGCUGUCAAAUUCUGUAAAAGAAUUCCAGGUUUCGGUGAGAUUUGCCAGGAUGAUCAGAUACUGCUGAUAAAGCAAGGUUCGUUUGAGAUACUGGCCUGUCGUAUGUGUAACCUGGUGGACAUCGAUACGCAAGAGAUGUUUGACCCCGAUAUGAAAAUGAAGUGUCCCAGGAAGGUGAUACAGUCGAUGCCGAUGGGAAGCUUUAUGGACGAGUUUUUCAUCGUGGCAGGGGAGUUGAACCCGCUGAAGUUAACAGACGUAGAAACGGCACUCUUUUCAACAGUUUUGAUUAUCUGUCCUCAUCGCCUUAAUCUGAAGAAUGCAAAAGCUAUUGACAAAUUACAGAUACUACUGCUCCAGUGCCUUUACCAGUUGAUGCUUAGGUCGCACGGAGACAAUGUGGAUGAGAUGUUUGUGAAGACCAUAAGCCUUGUGCCGUUCUUUAGGAAACUUAACAACAAGCAUUCCGAGGUUCUUAAUAGCAUGAAACUUCAUGGCAUGGAGCAACAAAAGGAUUUCCCUCCGCUGCAUCAAGAGGUGUUUGAUGGCAAUUUCUCUACAGACUAAUUUGACAAUACCCAGUAGUAGCAGGAACUUGAUCACAAAUUGACGAAUAAAUCAUAAGUGCUGUCAACUUCACUAAAGUAUUAGCAUUGUGGUCAACUUGCCCACAAAAUGGAAGUACUGUCCAUUUCAUCACUGAUUAAGACAGCAAACUUAUCCAUGGAGAUUUGAUGCAGAUCAGAGAAAUGGCAUGGGAACACUAGCUAGCCCAGAUCUUUUGAUGCCCCCUCCCCUGUCUUUGGGGCCACUAUAACCUGUCAGCAAUGGAUAUACCAACCGAGGGCACCUAUUGAAUAUUUAACACUUCUAGAAUUCUUUGUCCUUAAUCCUGUGCUGCUACAUGGGGAUUACAUAGUUAAGAUUAAUCUUAGCUUUCUCAGUGAUCAAUGUUGUGGAGUUGGUUUUGAAACGUAAUGGAUGUUUCACCGCACAAGAUUGAAAAGUGUAAACAAUAAUUGUCCUGGAGUUACAGGAAAUUUAACACUGUUGUGUAAAGAUGUGAUGGGAUGAAUACUAGACAUGCUGUCCAUGUGUCACAUGGACAAUUGAAGGAGCAGUAUGUGCAGAAAUCGUAUAAACAAAGAGAGAGAAAAGCUACCUUGUAGACGUAGUGAUAAAUAUCUCCUGAAAUUGUACAAAAGAAUGCCCGGUGGAUGCACUGAAGUUCGGACAUCGCUCUGAAAUAAGAUGUGGACACAGUGCUAAAGUUGUUCUGAAAUGUUGCUAAAAUGUGCUGCGGACACGACACAACAUAUGUUGCCAAGUCGCGUAUCAAACUCAGACUCACAGUUACUGUGUAAAUGGAAGCAUAGCUCAGGAGCAUACUUACAGAGUUUUACGAUAUACUACUACCCGACAUUUCUUACAGGUUUAAUUACUUUAUAUAAAUUUACCUAUAGGGGUAUUGGCCACUGAUAGUGCUCCUCUCUAACGAUGAAUGAUAGCGCUAUGUAUUGUGUCGAAAACUCCCCAAACCAUGAUCACAUGUACAUGUGACGAGAUUGGUGAGGACAUAUUAUAAUCUGUUUGGAUUUUCUUCAUAAUAAAACUGUAAUGUCUUUGUAGAAAAAUGUAAAUAACUUGUUAUGACCGGUUACAAAGCUGAAUGUGAUGAGAGAUUUUGAACUACAACACUCUUACAGGAGAUAAAGUUUUUAAGUUAUCUGUUUUUAUAUUAAGUGAAAUUGCUUGGUAAGAUAGAGUUUGAAAGAUUAAGGUACCCAUAUAAACAUGUAUAUACAUAUAUAUAUAAAUAAACUAUCAACUACAUAGGUCAGUCGUGGGUGGACUGUAACGAGAAAUUCCUCAAAUAUAUAAGCAACUGUUUGUUCCACAAUCUCGUUAAAAGUACCUUCUUUGUGAUGGAAAUGGUUUUAGAAUUGUUCAGUUUUGCGAGAAAUAGAAUCUGAAGUUUUAUUGAAUCAUUUCUUAUAGAAUUGUUACAAUGAAUAUUAAAAACAAAAAUACUUUGAACAGAUAUUGCAUAAUGGUAACUAUAAAAUGAUAUUAUGCUGUUUUAAAAACACAUACUUAACUGUUAAAAGGACGUUCAACAAAAAGUUUCAUCUGCCAGAUCAAGAACGAAGGCUCAAAAACUAUUUACCGUUUUACCCUGAAAACAAUUCACUUAAAAUUAACUGUGCAUGUUGGAAACCAUCAAAUGAAAGUUUUGUAAUCAAAUUUCAUGUAAUAAAACAGUUAUUUCAUUACGGUUCAUGGAAUAGUCGAAACUUAACCCCUUAAAUGUUUGGAAUAAAUCUGGAUUGCAGUUUGAACCUGUCAUUCUUAGAAAGUUUUGACAAGUUUCAGGAAGACAUAUAAUAUCAGUAUACUAUAUUCUAGGAAAAACUUUGCACUAGAUUGUUGGGUGGUCAAAGUCUUAUGUCAGUAUAUAUAUAUACAGCACAAUGAUUUAGUAUGUAAAGGGAGGUUACUCACAUGUACUGUUAAAUGGCAAUUUACAAAAUAAGUGCAAAAAAAUGUGUGUUUAGGGUUCCAAUAUUCCUACCUUAGAAUGUUUUGCUAUAAAUGCGGAUCAAAUUUUUGCUGAUUUUUUAGAAGGUUUAAAAAAUACAAUAAAAUAGAUAUCUUUCACCAUUGAAAUUUAGUGUAUUCAAUAAUAAUAAUUCGAGGUUCUUAUACAGCUUUAUCACAACCUAGUUCGUAGGUUGUCUCAAAGCGGU